CCCCGCGCACGCGCAGGCGCACUACCGGCACCACCCCUGCGCAGCCUCGUCGAGCUCGGCCCGGCUCCCGCCCAGGCGGCGGCGACGCGACGCCACGAGCGCCCGCCCGCCCGCCGCUCCCGGCAGGUCCGUUUAACAAGCUUGUGGAACUCUCUGGCGGGUGGUGUGCUGGACACCGCCUCUGAGGUUGGCCAGCCCCCCGGAAGGCGGAUAGGGCCCCCACUGUAGGUUUCUGUCAGCAGACAGCUCUUCCCACUGAGCCUUCCGCUUGGAGUGGUGAACCCCUUGGUGCGUGUCGCCCUGUUCCGUGGGCUUCAGAGCCAUGGCAACGGAGGAGAAGAAGCCAGAGACCGAGGCCGCCAGAGCGCAGCCCACCCCUUCGUCAUCGGCCACACAGAGCAAGCCUACGCCUGUUAAACCAAACUAUGCUCUCAAAUUCACCCUGGCCGGCCACACGAAAGCUGUGUCCUCUGUGAAAUUCAGCCCGAACGGGGAGUGGCUGGCAAGUUCGUCUGCUGAUAAACUUAUUAAAAUUUGGGGAGCGUAUGAUGGGAAAUUUGAGAAGACCAUAUCUGGUCACAAGCUGGGGAUAUCAGAUGUGGCUUGGUCGUCGGAUUCUAACCUCCUCGUUUCUGCCUCAGAUGAUAAAACUCUAAAGAUAUGGGAUGUGAGCUCGGGAAAGUGUCUGAAAACCCUGAAGGGACACAGUAAUUACGUCUUUUGCUGUAACUUCAACCCACAGUCCAACCUCAUUGUCUCAGGCUCUUUUGAUGAAAGUGUGAGGAUAUGGGAUGUGAAAACGGGGAAGUGCCUCAAGACCCUGCCUGCACACUCAGACCCCGUCUCAGCCGUUCAUUUUAAUCGGGAUGGAUCCUUGAUAGUUUCAAGUAGCUACGACGGUCUCUGUCGGAUCUGGGACACGGCCUCUGGCCAGUGCUUGAAGACGCUGAUCGAUGACGACAACCCUCCUGUGUCCUUUGUGAAGUUCUCUCCAAAUGGCAAGUACAUCCUGGCCGCCACCUUGGACAACACACUGAAACUCUGGGACUACAGCAAAGGGAAGUGCCUGAAGACGUACACCGGCCACAAGAACGAGAAGUACUGCAUAUUCGCCAACUUCUCAGUUACCGGCGGGAAGUGGAUCGUGUCUGGUUCCGAAGAUAACCUGGUGUACAUUUGGAACCUGCAGACAAAGGAGAUUGUACAGAAGCUCCAGGGCCACACAGAUGUUGUCAUCUCAACGGCGUGCCACCCGACAGAGAACAUCAUUGCCUCGGCUGCGCUGGAAAAUGACAAAACAAUUAAGCUCUGGAAGAGUGACUGCUAGGGUGACCCACGGUGCCGCGGGAGGGGCUGUCAGGAGGCGGACCGGAUUGGCAAGGAGCGGGCGUCUCCCAGGCCCCUUGGCCCAGGCCUGGGGUCGGGAGGGGCCUGGAUUGAGCAGAACUGCCUCUGAAGACGGCCUGGCUGAGGGAGUGUCUACCACCUGGAAGUUCUAGAAGUUGCUGAUGACAUUUCUUGCCAAUUCCUCUCAUGCCGUCUGGGGAAGAGUCCCUAAUUUGUAUUGUGUUCAAAAAGUCAACAAAAAUUUUUAAUUUUUUUAUUACAGAAGGGUGAAGUUCAAUUUGUCAUGAAUUGUUUUUUUUCCAGUAAGUGUUCUGUACCGUUUCUUGUACUCUGUUGCUGAGUGCAAGUGCUGUGACCCAUCGCCGUGGCCUGUCCCCGCCCGGCUGCCACAGGGGUAGCCCGUCUGCUCGCAGUGGCUCUUGGGACAGGGUCCCCGCUGUGCCCAGCUCCUGCCUGUAGGAUUUGUGUUUUAAAGUCUUUCUGGAAAAAACAGCACUGUAACAGGUUAUUUCCAUGUCCAAACCUUGUGUAUCUCGGGAGUUGGUAGUUCUGUGCCUGCAGUGUGAUGAUGGCACUCGGCAGCGGCGUGAGCUGUAAUAAAGUGUAGGAUUUUGUGCACAGUUGUGGCAACUGAGUCCUCAUGUGAAGCUCGUCUCCACUGGGCUUUGUUACAAAGGUUGUACAGUGGGCAGGAGGUCAAGAGGAUUUUUCUCCAAAGACACCCCAAAUGCUGCACCCAUUCCCGUCCUGUGGAGCCUGGAGCUGUGGGGGAGGACAGGCCCUUGUGGGCUGAUAGCAUAACUAUGGAGGCAGGGAGUGGACCCCUCUGGGAAGGAGUGGAUGUUCUUAGUUGAUGAGCCAGUGACCCUGGCCUGUUCUGUGGAAUGGCACACGUGGCUGGCAAAGGCUUCGGCUGGGCAUGAGGUGCACAGGCAGACGCCCAUCUCCUGCUGCUGGCUGCAGGACCAGCAGGCCUCUUGGACUCUGGGGGCCCAGGAGCUAGCUCCUUACUGGGAGCUGGGUGUCCUCCACAGCCUUGCCCACCCCAUCAGGCUCAGCCUGCUUCAGUGGGGCCGCCUGAGUGCCUGGCCUCCCACAGGUUGGGGGGUGGGCUGGGCCUGGGCCUGCAGGGCAGGGGCUUGUAGCUGCCGCCCAUCCCUGACCUGCCAGCAGUGAGGGCUCUGUGGUGGGGCUGCUGUGCCAGGGUAAGGCUGAGGUGCAGGAGGUGCACCCUGCUGGGAGCUGCUGCUUGGGCUUGGUUUGCAGGUUGAACUAGCCCAGGCCUCAACCAGCUCUGCCUCCCUAAGGCCGGGAGUCCCAGGCUCCAGGGCUCUGAACAGUGCUGAGUUGGGGGGCAACCUGCAGGGCUUCAGCUGGACAGGGCCCCCCCAGCAGAGAGAGGCGGGGGUCUGCCCUCAGCCAGCUUCCUGGGAACACUAGAGGAGGACCAUUAAAAGGCACCUGGCAGUGAACCGCCUGCUGUCUCCCCAUCCUCGGUGGAAGUAGACGCAUAAAUGGGUGGUGUGUUCCAGACGUGAACUGCCACAGUGCGAUGGGUUCAGCACUGGGCCUGGGACCACAGUGCAGCUCUUUCGUUGGGAAAUGAAUGAAGGUUGUUGGGGGGGUGUUUUGGUGGCUUGGGAUUUCUUGAGACAUUGAGGGUCUUUGAGGUUCUAGAGUCACAGCUGCCUCUGGGAGGAGAGGGGCGUGUAUGUGGAGUGUCGGAUCCUUGAAUAUAGUUUAUUUUUUCUACAUUUGAAUUCUCUGUUGUAGAUUUAUGUAAAAACACAUUCUCUUUUUGAAAUAAAGUUUUCAUGUCUUGUA